AUGCUCCUCUACAUUGUUUUGUUGUGCACAGCAUGGCUUACGUGGAAACUCGUCCGCCACGCUUCUGCGCCAAAGUCCCAAAUCAAUAAUCUUCCUGGUCCCGCUUCGCCGUCAUGGGCCACAGGUCAUCUUCUGAAAUUGUACGACAGGCAGGGAUGGGAUUUCCAUCGCGAGCUCCUGAAUUACGGCCCUGUCUUCAAGCUGCAGGGCAUAUUUGGCCGACCAAUAUUGUGUGUGUACGACUCUGUGGUCAUGCAUCACAUCGCCGUCAAGAACCAGCACGUCUUCGAGGAGAUACGGUGGCUGACAGCCAUGUCCACUGAUAUCUUCGGUCCCGGGCUUGUAGCUAGUGUUGGGGAGGAGCACCGCAAGCAAAAAAGGCUUAUGAACCAUAUAUUCUCCGUCAAUAACCUCCAACAGGUCACACCGGUGUUGCACGAGGUUGCCCAACGACUCACCCACGGCAUCCAUGCGCUAGUCAAGGAUGGUACUACCGAGGUGGACGUGGGCCGCUACAUGGGCCGCGUGGCUCUGGAGCUGAUCGGUCAGGCUGUCAUCGGCCACUCGUGCGAUCCGCUCACGGAAUCUCAUUCACAUCCGUACACGGAAGCAUUAAAGGACCUUGUUCCCGCGCUCCAGGCCUUAAGAAGCUACUAUCAAGCUUACCUCCCUCUGCGGUCGUUCAUUCCCCCGCUGGUCCGGCGUCCGCUCAUGAACGUACUUCCCUCUCGGCGUGUCAAAAACCUGUUACGGACCGUCGACGCCUUGCAAGCCAAUGCAGUCAAGAUCUACACGGAAAAGAAGGGCAACACGGAGUUGGCCGACCAGCUUGGCGAGGGCGAGGUAACUCCCGGAAGGGCCAAGGACUUGGUCUCUGUUUUACUGCGCGCAAACGCCAGAGCAUCUAACGGAAACAUGCUGUCCGAAGAGGAGAUGAUUGCUCAACUGUCGACCCUCGUCUUUGCCGCUACGGACACGACGUCGAACGCGCUCGCGCGUGUCAUUGACUGCAUUGUCCAGAGGCCUGAUGUACAGAUCAAGUUACGUGAAGAGAUCACGGCAGCCAAACGCGUGCACAGCGGUGGUGACCUCUCGUACGAGGAGCUUCUGGCGCUCCCCUACCUCGACGCGGUGUACAGAGAGACGCUUCGCGUCCAUCCGCCCGUACCCCUCAUAUUCCGCGAGGCCCGCGCAGACAGCACCCUCCCGCUCUCUAAACCCGUGCGCGGCACCGACGGCACGCUCAUGUACUCCAUCUUCGUCCCCGAGGGCACACUCGUGUUCUUCCCCAUCCACGCCGCGAACACCAACCCAGCACUCUGGGGCCCGGACGGCGGGGAAUGGCGGCCGGAGCGCUGGCUCGCGCCGUUGCCCGACGCGCUCACGGAGGCGAAGAUGCCUGGGGCGUACUCCCAUAUCAUGACCUUCUGGGGCGGCGGACGCGCAUGCAUGGGAUUCAAGUUUGCAGAGCUCGAGAUGAAAAUGGUGCUUAUCGAACUUCUGAGCGCAUUCAGGUUCGAGGACGCGGGGAAAUCCGUGGUGUGGAACGUAGGCGAAGUAGUCUAUCCCACCGUAGGGCAAGACUCCACCGUAUCCGCGUUCCCGAUGAAGGUGACCGCGCUUUGA